CUAAACACUCUUUACUAGCCAAAGGACUCAAUGUGCUUGGUUCUGGCACAAUGAAGCGAUUAUUAAUAUUGCCGAUAUUAUCAAUUUUCAUUUUAAUAUGUGAGGGUAGUGUAAUAAAACAAGAAAAUGAGAGGGAUUUAGAGUGGUGGGAAACAACUAUUGUGUACCAAAUAUACCCACGUUCUUUUGUUGAUAGUGAUGGUGAUGGAAUUGGUGAUAUUAAAGGUAUAACCUCAAAAUUGGAGUAUAUAAAAGAACUUGGUGUUGGUGCUAUAUGGCUCUCCCCAAUUUUCCAAUCUCCAAUGUAUGAUUUUGGAUACGAUAUUGCCGAUUUUUAUGCCAUUCAUGAUGAAUAUGGAACCAUGGAGGAUUUCGAUGAGUUACUAGAUACGGCUAACGAAUUAGACAUCAAAGUCGUAUUAGAUCUUGUCCCGAAUCAUACUUCAAAUGAAAGUGUAUGGUUUCAAGAAGCCCUUAAUGGGAAUGAGAAAUAUUAUAAUUACUUUGUAUGGGAAGACGGAGUGGUUGAUGACAAUGGGAACUUACAGCCUCCAAAUAACUGGUUGAAUCAUUUUAGAGGUAGCGCUUGGGAAUACCGAGAAGAGGUUGGGCAAUUUUAUUUGCAUCAGUUCGUUGUUGGUCAGCCGGAUUUAAAUUAUCGUAACCCUGAUGUUGUCAAUGAAAUGAAAGAUAUUAUACGUUUCUGGUUAGAAAAAGGUGUGGCUGGAUUUAGAGUUGACGCAGUAAACUGUCUAUUUGAAGUGGAUAAGGAACUUUUUGGUGGAAAAUAUCCAGAUGAACCAUUCUCAGGUAGAACUGAUGUUGAUCCAGAAUCUCACGACUACUUGGAUCACAUUUAUACAAAAGACCAAAACGAAACUUAUUACAUGGUGUAUGAAUUCAGAGAAGUGUUCGAUGAGAUUUCUGAAAAAGAUGGAAUGCCUAGAGUUAUGAUGGCUGAAGUUUAUGCUCCUAUUCACGAUGUUAUAAGGUAUUUUGGUGAAGGAGAUAGACUAGGAUCCCAAAUGCCUUUCAAUUUUGAUUUGAUCACCGAUGUUGAUGGCUCUUCUAGUGCUGCUGAUAUAAAAAGAGCUGUAGACAAAUUUUUAACUUAUAAACCGCUUGAUAAGGUUGCCAAUUGGGUGGUUGGGAACCAUGACCAAAGUAGAAUGGCGACACGAUAUGGAACUUCAUUAGUAGACGGUAUUAAUAUGAUAGUACUUUUACUUCCUGGAAUUGGUGUAACUUAUAUGGGUGAAGAAAUUGGCAUGGUUGAUGGAUAUGUGAGUUGGGAAGACACUGUAGAUCCAGCGGGUUGUAACACCAAUGAUCCUAUCAAUUAUGUCCUCAAAUCAAGAGAUCCAGAACGCACUCCAUUCCAAUGGAAUGCAGAUAAAAAUGCAGGAUUUUCCACUGCUGACAAGACCUGGUUACCAGUAGCUGAAGGAUAUGAGACUUUAAAUGUAGAAGUUCAGAUAAAUGCUGAAAGAUCUCAUCUGAAAGUUUAUCAGGCCAUUGCGGAUCUUCGUCAGGAGGCUACUUUCAUAUAUGGUCGAUAUGACUCUUUGGCUCUCAAUAAAGAUGUUUUUGCUUUUAUGAGAUGGUACAAAGAUGAGAGGUAUUUAGUGGUGGUUAACAUGCGUGAUACGGAAUAUGUGGUGGAUUUGACGUAUUUCGAGAAUGUAGACGGUGACGCCAGCGUGGUCGUUAGGAGCGUCCAGUCUCCUAGGGAUGAAGGGGAAAUUGUUGACGUUUCUGCAUUGCCACUAGCUGGACAUGAAAGCAUCGUACUUAGACUCUUAUUGUAAUAACUAGC